CCCUAUAUAAAAGGCGCCAGUCCUAAACCAGAGAUUUUGCGAAACCCCAAUACCAAUCCCUUUCCUUCUUUGACCCAAACGCCGGUCAAUAGUCCUCUCUUUUUUCCGAUUAAUCGAUAUAUCAGAUUCUCUUCAUCGCCUUCUUUACAAACACUCACACACACACACACACACACACACACACACACACUCUCCUCCUCCUUACCACCAAAAAUCGAAGACACAAUCAAUCGGGAAAAAACUGUUGCAGGGUCGGUUUCGAGGUUCAAACAUCCCCAAAUCGCCAUCUGAAUCAGAUGGCGGCGACUCUGAGUCUCCGUUGCGUAGGAAACCACAACCACCAAUUGGUUCGCAAUCGAUCGAAAAGCAGUCCUCGGACCGCUCGAUUCCAUUGUCCAUUGUCGAUCUCCAAUCGGGUCAUUAAGGAACGGCCUCGACUGAUCUCUGCACCGGCGACAAUGGUGUCCAAUUCAUCAUCUUGUCUGUCUCAUUACGAAAAGGUCGAUAACAAGGAGGCAUUGUUUGCAGAAAAGCUCGACGAUUGGAUGAGCGAUUCGGUGUUGGAGAUCGUCAAGAACCUUCGAGAAGCCCCACUUUUCGUGCAGGUCUACGACGACGAAAAUGGGACGACGAGGUUGGAGACAGAGAAGGCAAUCGCCGAUGAUUGGCCCGUCCUGACGCGUAAAUGGACGGCCGGAGAGUCUCCGUCGCCUGACGGUGUCAUACUCGUCGAAGAGCUAGAGGAUGAAGAUGAGGAUGAUGAUGGUAUGAGAGCGUGGGGAGUGGUGAUACAGGGGAAGGGGGUGGAAUGCGGGCCGGUUUGUUACCUGCUGAAGACGAGCAGGGUCGGGUCGGGUUUGGGUAUGGGUUGCACUCAUUUUUGUUUGGUGAGGGUUCAGAGUUUCAGGGAAAGUGCUCUGUCACAGCUCAAGAAUUGCUGGUUGUUGCAGUGAGUCACUACUAAUGGGAUUGGUUGAAUUUGAUUUUUUUGUUAAUUGGAAAAACCAAUGUUAUUGUUGUUGUUGGUUUAACAUGAACAUUUGGAUUUUUGAUAUAAAUGAAUAUAGAGAUGUAAUAGAAAUUGUUUACACAAACAAUGAUUUUGUUCAAUAUACUUUAAUGCAUGCCAUUUUAGUUUUA